AUGAGUGCAGCUUUCCAGCCUCCUCUCAUGAUGAUGCAGCGUCCCCUGGGCAGCAGUACAGCUUUCAGUAUAGACUCACUGAUAGGGAGCCCACCACAGCCCAGUCCUGGGCACUUCGUCUACACAGGAUACCCUAUGUUCAUGCCAUACAGGCCUGUGGUGCUGCCACCACCACCCCCACCACCACCAUCACUGUCCCAGGGCAGCUUGCAGCCCACUCUCCCCUCUUCGCACCCCCAUCACCAGAUCCCCAACCUGCCCAGUGGAUUCUGCUCCAGCCUGGCACAGGGCAUGGCCCUCACCUCCACGCUGAUGGCCACUUUACCAGGCGGUUUCUCAGCUCAGCACCAGGAGGCAGCAAGGAAGUUUGGAAGCCAAAAUCUGCAAGUUGGAUUCGAUAAAAAUGAUGGGGGUCAGUCAGAUGGAGAAGACACUGGUAAAACCUAUGUCACCAAAGACGGGACAUUACUGCCUUUCACUGCUUCAGAGAGCGCUCUUGGUGCAGUCCGGGGUCAGGGGAAAGAAGACUCCGGGAAGGACGAGGAGGUGAAAGGGAAGGAAGACUCCUACUUGAUGGACAGUGACCUAGACUACAGUUCAGAUGAUAACAUCUCCUGCCAGACGACCCAUAAAGAAGAAGACACCCCAGAGGAGAGCCCCCAGAACCCAAACCCUUCCAGUAACAGCACCUCCACCGGCAAGAACAGGCGGAGAAGAACGGCUUUCACCAGCGAGCAGCUCCUGGAGUUGGAGAAGGAGUUCCACUGUAAGAAGUACCUGUCCCUCACCGAGCGCUCCCAGAUCGCACAUGCCCUAAAACUCAGCGAGGUCCAGGUGAAAAUAUGGUUCCAGAACCGCAGAGCCAAGUGGAAGAGAGUCAAGGCUGGCAAUGCAAACUCCAAAACUGGGGAGCCUUCCAGAAACCCCAAAAUCGUGGUACCCAUUCCAGUCCAUGUCAGCAGGUUCGCCAUCAGAAGCCAACACCAGCAGUUGGAGCAGGCUAGACCCUGA